GGUUGAAAGGUAAUGAAAUUAAAUUUCUUGGAAGACGAUAAAAAAGUUGGCUAAUAAAGUGGCAAUUAUCCAAUCGAGGGUUUCACACGGAUAUCAGGUUAACUGAAGUGAAUCAAACAUUACUCGGUCGACCAUUAAUCAUUACACAUGAAACAAACAGUUUCCCUUUUGAUAAUUACGGUCGUUAUUUAUAUGAAUACAUGAAUCCUGGGUCAUUAUUAAAUGUAUUCUAUAGCAAGAGCAUAACUAAACGAUUAAAUACUCGUCGAAAUCCAUGUACUUCAAAACCAAUUAAUUUAUUAGGUAACAGUUUCGAUUAUGAUCAAAUCACAUGUCAGUGGCAUACGGUUUGUGCACGAUACAACAAAGAAUGUAAUUGUACAUGCCCUUUGGAAUUACUUCGUCUUCGAUUGGAUCGUGAAAUCAAAAGUAGAGCUUCGAAUAAGUCAUUCUUUUUGAACACCGAUCAUAACCGUCAACAGUAUCGAUCUAAAAAUUAUUGUCCACCUAAUUGUCAACUUGACUAUCGUAUAGCCUUUGUGAAUAACUCUAUAUGUCCAUUGGCAUGUCGUACAGUAACUUAUAAAAAGUUAAAUGAAGUUCUAGACAAUAUUACAGAUCGUUCAGUUGUACAAUUAGAAUUAAUUCAAGCAGAAGGUUUAACUGAACUGACUGAGGAAGCGUUGUAUUCAUUGCCUAAAUUAUUUAGUGAAAUAGGUGGAUUAAGUUCAUUCUGUUUUGGAUUUAGCUGUAUUCUGUUUUUCGAAUUAUUGGAAUUAGCCUUUUGGUUAAGAUGUACUUAUCGUUCACAAUUUCUUGAACGUGUAACAAAGAUGUUAGGACAACACAUGGAAAUUAUUGAAGAACCUAAUGACAAGACUUUCAAAAAUCUUCAAAAUACAACUAAUAAACUAUCAUUUACAGAAAAUGUUUGGCAAGUACAAGAUAAACGAUGUAAUAAACUACAUAACAAAAACACUAGCUCACAGGUGCAAAAACAAAGAAAAGAUGAGUCAUUUCGUUCAGUUACUUCAGUAUCAAAAUGGACUUCACAUGACAAACUAAAAGGAAAAUCAUAUAAAUGUUCAUUAAUAUGUAUACCAACCCGGUUGAAAUCUCGCACAUCAAAUCGUAUUGAAUUAAACCCAUUAAAAAUGUAUAAAGUUGAUGGUACACGCUUAAGUGAAUAUCCUAAAGAUCAAGAUAGUCCAUUAAUCGGUUUAAAAUCGCACAAAACUUUUCUUUCAGAAGAACCUACAUUGGAAAUACAUCGAAGUUCUUCUAAAUAUGUUCAAUAUCCAAUGAAUUUAUCUGCCUUCAAUGAUAAAGUUCAGAUUUUAACAGUUCCGGUUAUUUUAAAUAAUCAUCUAUUUCAAGUUGCUAUAGACUACGAGAUAGCUUUAUAAAAAUGGUUAUAUGAAUAUAGUUAUUUAUACAUUUUCAUUUUAUGACAUUAUUAUUUUAUUUUUGAAACAAAUAUCCAAACUAUCAUCAAUUUAUAAUGUACUGAAGAUCAUAAAUUAAACAUUUCUUUGAAUAAAUCUUCAUUAUGAAAUGAAUACUUUCCAAAUUCAAAUACACUUCAUAAAUAAUUAGCUUAUUAAAAUAAAGAAUUUGUUA